AUGCGAGGCCAACAAGUUAUGGAGAGAAUUAUCCAGCGCAAGUUUCGCAAUCCUAAACUGCUAGAGGAAGCUCUCAUAGCAGCAGGGGCUGAUGUUGAGCCCCCAAAGAACAAUAAGAAGCGACAAGGAAACAAAAGACUUGCUCUAAUCGGCGAUGCCGUCCUGAGGCUCACUCUUGUUGAUGACGGGAUCUUGCUGGGGAAAACUACUGGGCAGUGUCAAAGUAUCUGUUCGGCUGAAGCCUCAAACGCUGCUCUGUUUCAAAUUGAAGAGCAACAUCACCUCGCGCCAUUUAUUCAGACAUCUCCGGCGCAAAAGGGUCAUGUGUCUCCAAUCACAGGUGCUACUACUGUUGAGGCGCUCGUUGGCGCAGUCUGGCUCGACUGCGGUCGAAACUAUGCUCACGUACAUGAGAUUAUCCAUGGUCUUGGCGUUGGCGAAAGUCUCUUGAACGACCGUAAUCAUACCUAUGGGCCCCAGGUACCACAUGAGGAACAGAGCCGUGUUGAGGCAGGAUCUCACGCAUUGACCUAG